AUGUUCUUGAACACAGCCUCUCCUCGGAGAUCGUUUAACAUCCCAAUUAACAUCAACCUGCAGGGUGCACGCAGGCGGCAGGCGCGAGAACUCCUCCACACGGUGACAGCCCAGGAGCAGGAGAGGAGCAGAGGUGGGGACGGACAUGGGGGCCACCAGGUUAAGACCCAGAUGCCGGUGUCAAGUGUCGGGGAAGACCGAGCCAUCCUCUUGGGCUUCGGCAUGAUGGCCUUCUCUGUGCUCAUGUUCUUUGUGGUCGGCAUCACUAUGGUCAAACCCUACAUUAACAGCAAGUGGGAGGAAGAAGACAGAUGCAUGCUGCUGCACACGGGAAUCCUGGACGAGUGGGUAGACUGCAGAGGCGUGAGCACCAUACCGUGUCUCGCGGCGACCGUCAAUCUUGUGGCCUCCAAUCAAAGCGCCGUUCUGCAUUUCGACGAGGAGUCCGUGCUGUUUACGCCAAAGUGUUUCUAUGAGCCCAAAUGUCAUAUGGACCAAAUGGAACUUGAAGGCGAAGUCCUGACGGUGAAAAGCAACUUGGACUCCUGGUUGGGAAGCACCUUCUUAUGCUUGUCGGACCCCACAAGGCAUCCGGGGGAGGUCAUCCUAAACAAGAAGCACACUCUGAAGAGGACCCUGUUCACACUGAUGUGGCCCGGUCUGAUGCUGGGCGGCGGAGUUCUGCUGGUAGGCCUGGUGAAGCUGACACAGUGCCUUGCUCAUCUGUCCGCGGAGAUGGCACCAGGGGGCAGACUGGCUUCAAAAUACACUCCUGGCAGUAUUUUCUACAAGGGCGUCCACAGGUCCACCGCAUCCUCUACUAUGUGA